CGGGACGGGGCGGGGCUAUGGAGAGGAGGAGGAAGAUGGCGGGAGGGCGGCUCUGAGGAGACCUCGGCGGCGGCGGAGGAGGAGAGAAGCUCAGCGCCGCGCCGCGCCGGGGCCCAUGUGGGGAGGAGUCGGAAUCGCUGUUGCCGCCGCCGCCGUCGCUGCCGCCGCCUGUAACUGUUGGACCCGAGUGGGAGUGAGGGGGAAACGUCAGGAUGAAGUUUGCCGAGCACCUCUCCGCGCACAUCACUCCUGAGUGGAGGAAGCAAUACAUCCAGUAUGAGGCUUUCAAGGAUAUGCUGUAUUCAGCUCAAGACCAGGCACCUUCUGUGGAAGUUACAGAUGAGGACACAGUAAAGAGGUAUUUUGCCAAGUUUGAAGAAAAAUUUUUCCAAACCUGUGAAAAGGAACUUGCCAAAAUCAACACAUUUUAUUCAGAAAAGCUUGCAGAAGCUCAGCGCAGGUUUGCUACACUUCAGAAUGAGCUUCAGUCAUCACUGGAUGCGCAGAAAGAAAGCACUGGUGUUACUACGCUGCGACAGCGCAGAAAGCCAGUCUUCCACCUGUCCCAUGAGGAACGUGUGCAACAUAGGAAUAUUAAAGACCUUAAACUGGCCUUCAGCGAGUUCUACCUCAGUCUUAUCCUGCUGCAGAACUAUCAGAAUCUGAAUUUUACAGGGUUUCGAAAAAUCCUUAAAAAGCAUGACAAGAUCCUGGAAACAUCUCGUGGAGCAGAUUGGCGAGUAGCUCACGUAGAAGUGGCCCCAUUCUAUACAUGCAAGAAAAUCAAUCAGCUCAUCUCUGAAACAGAGGCUGUAGUGACCAAUGAACUUGAAGAUGGUGACAGACAAAAAGCUAUGAAGCGUUUACGUGUUCCCCCUUUGGGAGCUGCUCAGCCUGCACCAGCAUGGACUACUUUUAGAGUUGGCCUAUUUUGUGGAAUAUUCAUUGUACUGAAUGUUACCCUUGUACUUGCCGCUAUAUUUAAACUUGAAAAAGAUAGAAGUAUAUGGCCCUUGAUAAGAAUCUAUCGGGGUGGCUUUCUUCUGAUUGAAUUCCUUUUUCUACUGGGCAUCAACACGUAUGGUUGGAGACAGGCUGGAGUAAAUCAUGUGCUCAUCUUUGAACUUAAUCCAAGAAGCAAUUUGUCUCAUCAGCAUCUCUUUGAGAUUGCUGGAUUCCUUGGGAUAUUGUGGUGCCUGAGCCUUCUGGCAUGCUUCUUUGCUCCAGUUAGUGUCAUCCCCACAUAUGUGUACCCACUUGCCCUUUAUGGAUUUAUGGCUUUCUUUCUUAUCAACCCCACAAAAACUUUCUAUUAUAAAUCCCGGUUUUGGCUGCUUAAACUGCUGUUUCGAGUAUUUACAGCUCCCUUCCAUAAGGUAGGCUUUGCUGAUUUCUGGCUGGCCGAUCAGCUGAACAGCCUGUCAGUGAUACUGAUGGACCUGGAAUAUAUGAUCUGCUUCUACAGUUUUGAGCUCAAAUGGGAUGAAAGUGAGGGCCUGUUGCCAAAGAAUUCAGAAGAACGAGAAAUUUGCAACAAAUAUUCAUAUGGUGUGCGGGCCAUUGUUCAGUGCAUUCCUGCUUGGCUUCGCUUUAUCCAGUGCCUGCGCCGAUACCGAGACACAAAAAGGGCCUUUCCUCAUUUAGUGAAUGCUGGGAAGUACUCUACGACCUUCUUCAUGGUGACGUUCGCAGCUCUUUACAGCACUCACAAAGAGCAAGAUCAUUCAGAUACCAAGGUAUUCUUUUACCUGUGGGUUGUCUUUUGUGUCAUCAGUUCCUGCUAUACCCUCAUCUGGGAUCUGAAGAUGGAUUGGGGUCUCUUUGAUAAGAAUGCAGGAGAAAACACUUUCCUCCGGGAAGAGAUUGUAUACCCCCAAAAAGCCUAUUACUACUGUGCCAUCAUAGAAGAUGUGAUACUGCGCUUUGCUUGGACUAUCCAAAUCUCAGUUACCUCCACGACUUUGUUGCCUCAUACUGGGGACAUCAUUGCUACUGUCUUGGCUCCCCUUGAGGUUUUCCGGCGAUUUGUGUGGAACUUCUUCCGCCUGGAGAAUGAACAUCUGAACAACUGUGGUGAAUUCCGUGCUGUGCGGGACAUCUCUGUGGCCCCUCUGAAUGCAGAUGAUCAGACACUUCUAGAGCAGAUGAUGGACCAGGAUGAUGGGGUACGAAACCGCCAGAAGAACCGGCCAUGGAAAUACAGCCAGAGCAUAUCUCUACGCAGGCCUCGCCUCGCUUCUCAAUCCAAGAUUCGUGACACUAAGGUAUUGAUAGAAGACACAGACGAUGAAGCUAACACUUGAAUCCUCUGAAGUCCAGAUUAACGUCCUUGGUUUUCCUACUCUACAAUUCUUUCCUCGACCAACGCAACCUCUAGUACCUUUCCAGCCGAAAACAGGAGAAAACACGACGCAUUUCCGAGCUCUUCCAGAUCGGAUCCUAUGGACUCCAAACAAGCUCACUGUGUUUCUUUUCAUUUAUUCUGGUUUAAUUUUUAUUUUCUAUUUUUAAAACAAAUAUUUACUUCAUUUUGCCAAUCAGAGGACAUUUUAAGGAACAAAAACAUAGUAUCAAAUGGAUUGUUUACAAUCACAAGAACACAGAUACCUAUCAGGAUGAAGAACAGGCAUUGCAAGGACCCUCUGAUGGGACGGUACUGAGAUACCUUGGCUUCUGCUCGGCCCGGUUUUGACUGGUUGAAACCGGACAUUGGUUUUUAAAUUUUUUGUCAAUUUAUGUGGAGAAUUUUUUUCUUUCCUUCAUACCCAGCGCAAAAGCACUGGCCGCACUUGCAGGGAAAGUGCAACUUAGAGCAGUACCUUCAUUCAUGAAGCUACUUUUUAAUUUGAUGUAACUUUUCUUAUUUUGGGGAGGGUUACUGGGUGGGUGGGAAAUAUGAUGUAUUUGUUACAUAUAGUUUUCUCAUUAUUUAUGAAACUUAACCAUAAAAGAAUGAUAUAACUCCUGUGCAAUGAAGGUGAUAACAGUGAAAGAAGAUGGGGGAAACUAAUGUUGGACAGCAUUUAGGAGGGUUUAGUCCACAAUACCUCUUUCAUGAGACAACUUGCACCCGUUUGACAGAGUUUUUUCUUUCUUUUUAAUUUUAAGCCAAAGCUUCAUUACUGAUUUUUUAAGUUGCUGCUGCUUUAGAAUUCUGAACAUGUCUCUUAUAUCAAAGCAUCCACACACUUUCACACAACUGGUUGAAAUUUAUUUUAAGAGGUCUGAUACCUUUUUUUUUUCUUUAAGGAACAGAUGUGGAAUACAUUGGCCCAUAUUCCAACCAUAACAACUAAAGUUAUGCCUUAUUAAGCUUCAGCAUGUAGGAUAAUUGAAGUAUAGCCUUUACUAACUCUGAAUUAGAAGACAAAGCUAUGUCAGAGACCCUACACCCUCAUUAGAUAGCUCUUCUUCUGGAGUCUCACUUCCGUUAGCCAGAUUGUGAUCAAAUUAAGUCUGUCUUGGGGAAACCAUGUUUUUGAGAGCAUAGAACAAAUCCUUCCUUGUACUUAGUCCUCUUUCACAUUACACUGAUAAAAUAGACGUUGGCAGCCAUUUCUCCCAGCAGUUUUAAAAGAUGAACAUUGGAUUUCAUGCCCUCCUCUGUUGGAAAACCCACUUUUAAAAUUUUGGGGGUCUAAGCUUCGUCAUACACAAAAAGUAUAUUACUUAGAUAUUUCAGAUUAGAACUGUCUGUUCACAAUGCCCAUUUUUACUUCUUUGUCUAAUUUCUUUUCUACGUUCCUAACCUUAACCCAAAUAAGCCCGAAAACUGUAAGGAAUUUUACUUUCUUGAAUGUGGUUAGCAUUAAAUUUAGCAUUUCAUUAUCUAACAAAAUUAAUAUAAAUACCAGGAAAAGUAAAAUAUGUGUUAAUCCUCCCAUCCCCCCUAGAUCCAGAUGAAGAUUCCAAAUUUGUGAAAUUAAAUUACUUCUGUCAUUUUCAGCUUAAUUUUAGACAAAGGAACAAAUUAGUGGAAGGGCAGCUGUUAUCAUGUACUUAGUCUAAAAAAACAUACGGUUACUGUCCCAUAAUAUACCCCUUCUAUUAUCAGCUCUUUCCCCAUGCAUCACAGUCUUUACUCGUUCCUGUUGUAAUUUCAGUAGAUUAUAUUAAUGUUACCCUGACUGAUAGUUAACUGACAGAUAGGUUUUUUUAAAGGGGUUUCUUCCAUCUUGAUUUUGACAAGCUUCCAAAAUGUUCCCUUUGUGAAUCAAGAUUUUUUUCUUUUGAAAAAAAAUGUUAGAGCUUUUACUGUUUUUUGUGUGUUUUGCCAAGCAUGUAUCUUGUCCCAAAACUAAAGAGGAAAAUUUAAUUACUGAGGUUUUUUUUAGUUUAAAUAAAUUAAAUCAUAAUAAUCAGGGAUAACGAGUUAGUGCUCCAUAAGAGAUUAAAGGUUGCAUUAUUUAUAUUUGGGAUUUUUCCCCCCUAACUAUUGUUUUUGUACUUUAAAACUAUGGGGGAACUAUCACUGGUCUGUCAGGAAAUGGCAGUAAUUAUUACUGAGUUAUAUAGAUAAGUCCAGUGGACCAAUCAUUUCUUGUACAAAUAAAGUUGGUGGUACUGAUGUAUAUUCAGAA